UAAUAAAGGAAUUCCCACACUUCAGACUCGGGGAAUUGUCGUCUGUGCGGAAAGAAUUCCUGUAAUGCUUGAAAUAUGGGACUAAUUUGACGUGUUGUUGGGGUCAACAAUGCCUGGUAUAGUGUUGUUUAAUCGUCGAUGGCAUAUCAGUGGAGAUGAUUUAGUAUUUCCAGGGCUGUUGGAAAUUUUUACUCGGCUCGCAUGGUUAAUUGCUAUAAUUGUGGUUUUUAAUCACCACAAAGAAGCUUUCAGUUGCAAUGAUGGCCAUUUGUUAUGGACUUAUUACAUUGGAGUUAUCACUCUUCUUUCAAUCAGCAUUGUUCUGACAAUUGGCAUAAUCAGUAUAAGCAUGAAAGGGAACAUUACCAACACAUUUCCUCGAAGAAAGCUACCAUAUUUUCUCUACUUAAAAGUUCUCCUUGGAAUGCCUGAACUUAUCUGGAAUGUACUUGGUACAUUUUGGGCAUUUGGGAAAUCAACUGGUUGCAAUUAUAUGUUGGUUUUGACUGUAAAGGGUGCAGUGAUCUGUGGCUGGUGUAUAUGUAUUGUCAUUAGUUUUGGCAUUGUUCUUUUGUUUGACCCUAUUGGAUAUGGCCAUACUCGAAGAUACCCUUCAUCAAAAGUCUGGGAAGGAAGAUGCAAUGUUAUUUGCUGUUGUUUUCGAAACAAUCCAGAGAGCAAACGAGCAUUAAACGAUGUUGCAAAAUUGUUUGCUACAAUAUUUCAGGACCUUGAUUUAGUGCCCACUGACAUUGCUGCUGGUCUUCUUCUACUCCAAAGGAGACAGACUCAACGAAAACAUUUAGUUGUCAGCAGACCAAGCCAACCAUCCAAAAGUCGAAAGUCUAGAGAGGCUGUAAACAGGGAAACAGGUCGAAUUCUUGUUUCUGGUGAAGGCAGUGAAAGUAGUGAAUCUAGCCCAACACAUGCAAGUUCUAUAAAUGAUGGUGGCUGUCCUGAGUCUAUGUCAUCUUCAACUGUAUUGCCUAAAGGAUGGAUGCAUUUAGGUGCAAUUAAGUAUUAUAUGAAAUUUGCCAUGGCUAUGUAUGGCUGGCCACUUUAUCUGUUUAUAAACACUUGUACUGGUGGCUUGCGAUUAUGUCCCUUCUACAGAUGUUGUGCCCACUGUAGUAAAGCAGCUGAAGAAGAGCAUGUAACUGGAGACAAUUGUUGUUUAUGUAAUUUAGCUGCAGUGAAAAAGUUCAUUGAAUUCACUGAUGCUGAAAUCAUUCAUGUUUCUUUCCGUGAUGAGAUAUUUCAACCUCCAUUUUUUGUCUCAGUUGACCGUAAAAAUGCUGCUGUGGUGAUUGCUGUUAGAGGUACCUUGUCAUUUCAGGAUGCACUUACUGAUUUAACAGCAAAUACUGAAAAGAUGUUUGAGACAGGAGAUCCUGAGUUUUCCUGUCACAAAGGUAUCUUGCAAGCAGCACGUUACAUUCGUGAUGAACUUGAAUUUCAUUCUCUCAUAGAAAGAGGCUUUCAGAAAACAGGUAACCAGAAGAUUGUUGUCACUGGACAUAGCUUAGGAGCUGGUACAGCUGCCAUUCUUGCUAUUCUCUUGAAAGAAAAAUAUAACGAUGUCUACUGCUUUGCUUAUGCUCCACCUGGUGGCCUUUUGUGUUGUGCAGCCAGUGACUACAGCCAAGAAUUUACCUGCUCUGUUGUUCUAGGUGAUGAUCUUAUUCCUAGAUUGGGAUUAUGUAAUAUUGAAAAACUGAAGACUGAUGUGGUGGCAGCUGUCAAUGCAUGUGAUUUACCAAAGUAUAAAAUCUUCCUGAGUGGUUUCUGGAAAGUAUUAUGUGGCUUGAAUAUGAACCAUCGUGAACAGGAUUUCAAUGUUGAGGAACCACAACAUAAUUUGGUAGAUGCCAGUUCUAGCAGUUCAUCUGGUCAUUACGGUAGUAUUGGAGAUUCUGUCACACCAGAGAAACAACUUUAUCCACCAGGACUUAUUUUGCAUAUUGUUGAAGAGCAAAGUUCUACUGGUUUCUUCAGUAAACCAACGUACCACAUAGAAUGGACAAGACCAAACGAGUAUACUGAAAUACGUGUCAGUUCAAAGAUGUUAUUAGAUCAUUUACCCAACUCAUUAGAUGAUGCUCUUGAAAGACUUAAUGUGCCUUAUGAAGAGUUUGCUGCUCAAGUAUGAUAUCAACCUUUAAUUUUCUCAUCAAGCUCAUUACAUUAAAUAUUUCUCAUCUCCCACCAACAAAUAUUCAAAUGUUUCAGUCAGUGAUUGUAUUCAGACAUUCAUUAUUUUGCUGCCUACUUAUGGUUGAUGAAUUAACUCUAAUUUAUAAUUGCUGCUGUUUUAUACCUGAUUAUUCUUUUGGUUCUUUACUCAAUUGGUUUUGGAGACUUUCUAAAUAUUUUUCAGUACAACAGAGUGUAUUUUUCUGUUAUAAUUUCAUUAAAUUAUAUUGGAUAUUGUGGUAUGGGUGGCAGUAAACUCUCAGUGUAUGAAGUGUGUGACCUGAUUUUCAAACUUCUUUUACUUAAAAUUUUAAUGCUUUUGAAAGAGGCAUAAAUGUCACUACUCUGUUUCUUUUUCCUCUAAAGUCUGAAGCUUUAUGCUUAAGAGGUUGUUAUUUGGAAAAAAAAAAGAAAGAGAAACAAAAUUGUAUAUUGUAAAUGUUCCAAAUUAAUGAAGCAUGACAUAAAAGGUACAGCAAUAUUUGACAGAACAGUUUUUGUUGUCAAGAAGUUUACCUGAUAAAAAUCGACAAAUUUGCUUUUUAUAGUUAGACAUGAAUAUUUUUUCAUUUUUAUUUUUCUGAAUUCCUUUAUUGUAACUGUAUUUUCAUUUUCUCUGAACUUCCAAUGAUAAUCCCACUUUUUUUUUUCUUUGUAAUAUAAUCAUUGAAACACUGUGAUAAAACCGGAAUGUCAUUCCCUGCCAACAACAUACAUUUUGGAGCUAUGGGGGUGCAUGGGUGGGAAUUCUUUGAUUCAAAGAAACUUAUAUAUGUCUUCUGUCAAUAUAUUUUACCUAGUAUAAAAUUUAAAGCAUUAGCUAGAAUAAAUUGUUAUUGGAGUUAUCAAAAUACUUUAAGACAGUGUAAAAGUAUCAGGAUAUUCUGAUGUAAACAAAUUAUAUUUAGAACAUGUAUUAUUUUAAGUAAGAUUGAAACUAUAAAAAAGUAUAAAAUGUCUUAGUAUUGGUCUUUAGUAAUAAAAAAAAUUAUGCAAGACUAGUAAUUAAUUUAAGAUCUUUAUCUGCACAAAUGUAUUUGCACAUAUUAAGAAAUAUCUUUAAAAUGUCUCUUUAAUCAUUUUCUGUACAGGUCAAUAAUUAUUCAUUGAAAGUGUUUAGGUUCACUAAUUUUUGUUUUCUUUUUUUAUUCUCCAAAACAAGAGACAAUUUUCAAAAUUAGAUUGAAACCAAAAUGCAAAACUAGUAUUGAUGGCCAUUAAAAAAAAAAAAUCAAGUAGUGAAAUAUUUUUGCAUUAUUCAAUUAGUGGCAACUGCAACAAACUGUUUGCCAUUAACUGUAGCAAUAUUUUGUUCACAUGUAUAUUUAUAUUUAAUUUAUUUUUCUAUAUUUUUGAACACUCUUGUUAAAUGCUUUUAAUUUAAGUUAGCUUUAAAUGUAUUUAAUUCCCAAAAUAAAUUGUUACUAUUGUUUGAUUUUA